AUAUAUCAAAUUAUGCAUUAUGUCCAUCGUUCAGCCCCAUAUAAGUUUUUGUUUGUGCUCCCGAUCCUUCCACCCACACAUGUGUUUGUGCCUGAGCUAUCAAACCAAUAAACUCAUAGACAUUUUAUGUGCUCAAUGCAAAGCAAUGCGUCGUGCGAAUAUCAAACGUGGUCAAUGUUUGAGUCUAAGACCACAAGGUAGCAGCAAAAUGGAUCGAUAUGAGAAGCUCAGUCGACUGGGCGAAGGCUCCUAUGGUGUGGUCUAUAAAUGUCGUGAUCGGGAAACUGGAGCAUUGGUGGCAGUGAAGAGAUUUGUUGAGUCCGAAGAUGAUCCAGCCAUAAGAAAAAUUGCAUUGCGAGAAAUACGUCUGCUAAAGAAUCUAAAGCAUCCAAAUUUGGUUUCUCUGCUGGAAGUAUUUCGCCGCAAGCGUCGUCUGCAUUUGGUAUUCGAAUUCUGUGAGCUGACUGUACUCCAUGAACUGGAACGUCAUCCGCAAGGCUGUCCUGAACAUUUAACCAAACAGAUCUGCUAUCAGACGCUUUUGGGCGUGGCAUAUUGCCAUAAACAAGGUUGCCUGCAUCGUGACAUAAAGCCCGAGAAUAUAUUGCUUACCGCUCAGGGUCAGGUUAAAUUGUGUGAUUUUGGAUUUGCCAGAAUGUUGAGUCCCGGUGAGAACUACACGGAUUAUGUGGCCACAAGAUGGUAUAGAGCACCAGAGCUUUUAGUCGGCGACACACAAUAUGGCACUCCGGUGGAUGUCUGGGCCAUUGGUUGCCUUUUUGCAGAGCUGGUGAGAGGUGAGGCCCUGUGGCCGGGUCGCAGCGAUGUGGAUCAACUGUAUUUGAUAAGGAAAACUCUGGGAGAUCUAAUGCCACGACACAUACAGAUAUUUGGCCAGAAUGAAUAUUUCAAGGGCAUCACAUUACCAGUGCCGCCCACAUUGGAACCUCUGGAGGAUAAGAUGCCAGCCAAGUCGCUACAAAAUCCAUUGACAAUUGAUUUUCUUAAAAAGUGCCUCGACAAGGAUCCGGCCAAGCGUUGGUCCUGCGACAAACUAAUCAAACAUUCGUAUUUCGAUGAUUAUAUAGCCAAACAGCGGGAACAGGAGCAUAUCAAUAGCCUGGAAGCGGCCACUUUGCGUCAACAGCAACUUGCCUCACAGCAAUUCAUGUUGGCCACAGCAGCCCAGCAAUUGCAGACGGGAGCAGCGCAGGCGGCGGCUGUGGCAGCAGCCCGUGAUAAAUCAAAGACUUCAAACACCUCCUUGCCGUUGCUGCCCAGCAAUCAGCAUCAUCAUCAUCAUCAUCAGGACUAUGCGAAAUUACAGCCAUUGAAUAAGAAUCCAACACUCCUCCAUCGCACGGAACAUCAUCUGCCCACCAUAUGAGCAGCUUUAAUUCAAUAUCUAUUUACAAAUUAAUUUCACUUAACUUAAGAAACUCUUUGUUUAUUUUCCAAUAUAAAACAAAAUAAAUGUUUAAAGUGUGUAAAAAUAUUGAAAAGA